UCAGUCUGAGAAGGAGGACUGUUGUUUCUAAUGAAGAAAGAGCUCCACCCUCGGCCGCUGCCACAGCUUCUCUGCCAAUAAAUAAGAGCAAAGCCUUUGCCCUCCAAGUACCUCCAAAAUGGAUGCUUUUCAGGGGAUUGUAAAGUUCCUCCUCAACCAGAAGACGGUUAUUGGCUACAGCUUCAUGGCUCUGCUGACCGUGGGAGGUGAGCGUCUCUUUUCACUCGUGGCUUUUAAGUGUCCCUGCAGCACUGAGAACGUGGUCUACGGACUGGUUUUCCUCUUUGCUCCUGCCUGGGUGUUAUUGAUCCUGGGAUUCUUUCUGAACAACAGGUCCUGGAAACUCUUCACAGGCUGCUGUGUGAAUCCCAGGAAAAUCUUCCCCAGAGGCCACAACUGCCGCUUCUUCCAUGUCCUUGGCCAGAUCACUCUGAGUUCAUUGGUGGCUCCAGUGAUGUGGCUUUCUGUGGCUUUGCUCAAUGGAACUUUCUAUGAAUGUGCUGUGAGCGGGACCACAAGUUCAAGACUCCUGAGACUGAUCUGCAAGGACAAACCCACAGAGUGCUGGAAAGAACUUCACAAAGUAUCUUGUGGCAAAACCAGCAUGACCCCCACAGACAACGAGGAACUGAAGCUGUCCCUGCAAGCCCAGUCUCAGAUUCUAGGAUGGUUCCUGAUUUGUUCAGCAUCCUUCUUCUCUCUGCUCACCACUUGUGUCACUCGCUGCCGAUCUAAAGUUAGCUACCUUCAGCUGGAUUUUUGGAAGACAUACGCACAAAAAGAGAAGGAGCAGUUGGAAAAUACAUUCCUGGACUAUGCCAAAAAGCUGAGCGAGAGAAACCUGAAAUGCUUCUUUGAAAACAAGAGGCCAGAUGCCUUCCCCUUGCCCACCUUUGCAGCCUGGGAGGCUGCUUCAGAGCUGCAUUCUUUCCACCAAAGCCGGCAACACUACAGCACCCUCCACAGGGUGGUGGAGGACAGUCUGGAACAUAGCCCUGAGGACGAUGAGACCACAAUGGUGCUUGUGGGUACUGCCCACAAUGUGUAGCUCAUCAUCACUGACUCGCAGUGUCCAACAGUACACUCAUUCUGACAUCUUCCCACAGUCACCAGCUACCUGAGUAUCUCUGCGUUUUCUCACAUUUAGUGUUUCCUUACAAGACAAUUACCCAAAGGGAAGCAAGUUUACAGCUCCCACUGCAGACAGCGUCAAGUGCUCAGACUGACGCUGAAUGACUGGCCAAGGGUGGUGACAAAAGUGCCUUUGCAUUGGUUGGGGUUUGGGCUCAGUGGCUUCAAGUUCUAAGAUUUUACGAUUGACAGUGAGACUCA